GUUCUCUCUGGUUUGCAGACGUGUAUAAUGGGCUCGCUUUCUCUCCUUGUUCUUAUUGGGGAAAGGCACAACAAAGCUGCCAGUUCAUAAGGAGAAGAAGGGAGUCACUGAAGCUAAUAAGGAGCUGUUUGGAUACCAGGGCACUGCACUUCCAACAGACUGUCUCAUCUCCAGUGCUACAAACCCAUCAGAAAAUAUGACAUUUGAUGAAGAUUACCGAUCAUUAGUCCAUGGUGUUGGUUUUUUGGAAUUCUCUGGAGGUCCUGUUCCCUGUAAAUUGCUGGUAACAGGAGACACUGCAUUCCCUGUGGUGGUAACUCCUAGAAAGGAUGUGCUCAUUGCUGCUUCUCGCUAUGGAAAAGGAAAGAUGGUGGUCAUUGCCCACGAGGGUUACCUAAACAUGAAAGAGUUUAAGGACUUUUUGCAAAAUGUAAUAACCUGGAUUAGCCCAAACCCUGAAUCUGUGAUUGGGAUACAUAAUAGAUUAAAUCUACUUGCUGAGACUCUCAGUGCCUCAGAUUAUAAAGUCAAAAAAACUACUGGCCUGACUGAGGGCUUGGGAGUGUUCUGUACUAACGGAUAUGAUGAUAGCCAGGCUCAGAAGAUCAUCUCAUUUGUGCGAGAUGGGGGAGGCCUGCUGAUUGGCGCUCAGGCUUGGAACUGGGCUCAUAACCACAAACAGGAAAAUGUUCUACAUAAUUUUCCAGGAAACAAAAUAACCUCUGUUUCUGGGGUGUAUUUCAAUAGCGGCACUGGAGAGAAGGGAAAAUUCUGUUUGACUGAAAAUAUUCCACGGAGUUCCAUAUACACACAUUUUGACUUCUCAGUGGAUCUUAAGCAUCUUUUGGAUGGUGUAUCCCAUUUUGACAUCCGUGGGCAAGCUGUCCCCUCAGAUAUUUUCCUUCAUGGGACACUAACAUUUCCAAUUGGGCAAAGUGACAACAAACAAUGUUUUCUCGCUGCUGCAUUUUAUGGCAAAGGGCGUGUAAUAGUUGCUGCACAUGAAAGUUACCUCACCAAACCAGAACUAAAAACUUUCAUACUAAAUGCGCUCUCAUGGCUGGAUCUUGGCCAAAACAGAAAAAUUGGUGUUCACAGAGACCUGGGAAACUUCGCUGAGUUUUUAAAGAAUGAAAACAUCUCCUCUCAGGUAUCUGACUUGGACUCUGAAAUGAGUGUUUACUGCUGCCAAUCCGUUAGUGAUAAUGAAGUGGAGGCUAUCCAUCAGUUUGUUGCAGAGGGGGGUGGUCUUUUCUUGGCUGACCAUGCUUGGAAUUGGUCCUCUGAAAAUGUGGACAAAAAUGUCCUUAUCGACUACACAGGAAACAAAGUUCUGAAUAAGUUUGGCAUUAGUAUUCUGGAGUGGACCAUCCCUCAAGGCAAUUAUAAGGCAAAUCAGUCUGGUGGCGAUGCUAACCAGUAUAACUUCCUCCAAACUAUUUCACAGCUGAAAAUUCAAGAUGAGCCAAAAGUUCAGUUAAGCACCUGGCUCUUCAAACUCAUACAGGAUAUCAAUGGUUUCAUGAAGCUUCCAACCUGUCCACUCAAUACUGCUAUAAGGCUGCAGUAUGAAGAAUUAUUGGAAAAUUGUAAUAUUUCUAAGACUAGCAAGCAAACACAGGAAACUAGCAGCGCCAAACAGGCAUUAGUCCUGUGUUUAGCACAUGAAGCUGAAAUCCUAAAGCAGAAGCAGGACCUAAAUCAUUAUGUGGAGAAGGAACCUUCAAUCAUAGUGGAGAUUGAUGCUACAAACCCAGGUAAAGAUGCCCACAGAAGUACUGGUCUCUACAUAUAUCCUAAAAAGAUGGCAGUUGUUGAGUUUCCAGCUUCAGCUGUGCAUCAGGGUCUUCAGGUGCAUAUUGGAUGCGACUCGGAUAAUUUGAAUGUUGAAGAAUAUUGCCAUGCUCCUGUCAUGCACACAAUAUCUGUUGUCGAUCAGAGGGUUUCAGUAUCCUGUUUAUGGGGUGGCCCUCUAGACGUCAUUGUGAAAGCUAAGAGCAACUUGGGUAAAAUCCCUGUAAAGGUUUUUGGAGCAGUGCCAACCUCUACUGUUAUAAAGGAAAAAAGAAUGCCUAAUGAAGAUUACCAAUUACUGAUCCGUGGUGUUGGCUGUAUGGAUUUCUCUAGGGAUGCUACUCCCUGCAAGCUGCUGCUUACCGGAAACACUGCAUUUCCCAUAAUGGUGACUCCUAAGAAAGAUGUGCUCAUCGCUGCCUCUCGUUAUGGAAAAGGAAAAUUGGUAGCUAUAGCUCAUGAAAAUUAUCUGAACAUGAAAGAGUUUAUGCUUUUUAUCCAAAAUGCAAUAUCCUGGCUGAGCCCAAACUCAGAAGCCAUCAUUGGAGUACACAAUGCCUUUGGCCUGCUAUCUGAAACACUCACUGUCUCUGGCUGUAAAGUCCAAACCAGUUCAGGCCUAACUGAUGGCAUUGGAGUGUUCUGUACUAAUGGAUAUGAUGACAGCCAAGCUCAGCAGAUCAUUUCAUUUGUGCGAAAGGGGGGAGGCCUGCUGAUCGGGGCUCAGGCUUGUGAAUGGUCAAACAGCAACACAGGUAGAAAUGUCCUGCAGCAUUUUCCAGGAAACAAAAUAGCAUCUGUUUCAGGGGUGUAUUUUACUGAACACUAUGGAGAGAAAGGAAAAUUCAUUUUGAGUGAAAAUAUGCCACAAUGUCCAAUAUACACAGAUUUUGACUCUUCAGUGGACCUAAAGCAUCUCCUGAAUGGUGUGUCACAAAUUGACAUCAGUGGGUUGGGUAUUCAUUCAGAUCUCCUCCUUCAUGGGGCAUUAUCAUUUCCAGUUGGAUUAACUGACAAGAAACAAUGUUUUCUGGCAGCUGCAUAUUAUGGCAAAGGGCAUGUGGUUGUGGCGACACAUGAAGGUUUCUUUUUCAAACCGGAGAUGAAAACAAUAAUCCUGAAUGCCAUAUCUUGGCUAGAUAAUAGACAGGACAGAAAAAUUGGUGUUGAAAAAAACUUGACAAAACUUGCUGAGCUUUUGCAGAAGGAGAACAUCCCCUGCAAUAUAUCCAAAUUAGUCCCUGAGUUAAGUGUCUACUGCUGCUCAUCCUAUAGCGACACAGAAGCAAAGGCCAUCCAUCAGUUUGUUGCAGAGGGCGGAGGACUUCUUAUUGCUGGCCAUGCCUGGUAUUGGCAUUCUCAGAAUCCAGACUGUAAUGUCCUUACCCACUACCCUGGAAACAAAAUCCUGAACAAAUUUGGCAUCAGCAUUUUGAAUAAUACCAUCCCUAGAGGUAGUUAUAAAUCUAUCUACCCUGAUAAAGACAUUGUUCAGUAUAACCUUCCCAAAGCAUUUUGCCAUCUGGAGAAUGAAAUGCAGAAUGAAUCUGAGUUAAAGCCAUCCCUGGCUGCUUGGUUGUUUAAACUCAAACAGGACAUGUCCCAUUUUCUGAAGCUCCCAGGCAAACCUGUCACUAGCUCUAUGCAAUGUCGGUUUUUAGAUAUGAUGCAGGCAUGUGACGUACCUAAUGUCAGCAAGAAGUGUCCUGUGAGCAGCUGCUCCAAACAGGGUUUAAUUCUGUGCUUAGCCCAUGAUUCUUUUAUCAAGAGCCAAAUGAGUGACCUGGUAAAAAAUCUGGAACAGGAACCUUCAGUCACAGUGAAGAUUGAUACUACAAACCCAGGUAACAAUGCCUGGAGAAGCACUGGCCUCUACUUAGCUCCCAAGAAGGCAGCACUUCUUGAGUUUCCUGCCUCAGCCGUGAAACAAGGUUUUCAGGUGCAGGUUGGCUGUCAUUCAGAUGAUCUGAGCUCUAAGGAUGAGUUCUGUCGGGCCCCCAUUGUUGUGCACAAAACCUUUGUUACUAGUGAGAAGGUUUCAGUGUCCUGCUAUUGGGGGGGGCUUUUGUACAUAAUUGUGAAAGCUAACAGUAAUUUUGGUACCAUACCAGUGAAAGUGUAUGGAGCAGAACCAGCCCCAUGUUUUAUAAAGGGCAAAACCAGUCUUGCAAACUGGACAGAAUCGAACUGCAAUUUGCCUGCUCCAUGGGCAGAGCUGAUUACAGAGAACAUUAUCUUGACCGUACCUUCAGAUGCUAUUCGCUCACUAAGUGAUCCAGAAGAGUUGCUGGCUAUUUGGGACAGAAUGAUGGUCGCUAUUUCUGAGCUUGCAGCCAUUCCUGCCAAAUUUCCCCGACCAGAGAGAAUUGUAGCAGAUGUGCAGCUCACAGUCGGUUGGAUGCACUCUGGCUACCCAGUAAUGUGCCACAUGGAAGCUGCCACUGGACUGACUGAUGCUAAUGGUAUUCAGAAAAAUGGAAUUUGGGGGGCAAUCCAUGAGCUUGGACACAAUCAGCAGAAAACGAAUUGGGAGUUCCCACCUCAUACCACAGAAGCCACAUGUAACCUUUGGUCUGUGUAUGUGCAUGAAACUGUUCUGGGAAUCCCACGAAAUAAAGCUCACACCGAGCUACAGCCAGAAACCAGAACGUCUCGUAUCCAAAGGUUUUUGCAGAAUGGAUCUGACUUAAAGACCUGGAGCAUGUGGACAGCACUUGAAACCUAUCUACAGUUGCAAGAAGGCUUUGGCUGGGAACCAUUCAAGCAGUUAUUCAAAGACUACCAGAGCAUGUCGGGCAUCAGUAAUGACAACAAAUCAAAGAUGAACCUGUGGGCAGAGAAGUUCUCUGAGGCUGUGCAAACCAAUCUCAUUCCAUUCUUUGAGGCCUGGGGAUGGCCCAUUGAGGAAGCAACUCACAGUAAAUUAUCUGCAUUACCUGUAUGGGAGAAGGAUCCCAUGAAGCCAUAUCUUAGUCCAAUCAAAUCAUAGAUGAUGCAUUGUAAUAUAACUACUAUUUUGUCUGAAUUUGUCAAGUAUUCUGCCUAAAACAAUUAUAUAUUCUGGAUUACUUUAAAGAUGAAUGGAGCAUUUCGUAGUCAAGCCCUAUUCCCACGCUAGUAGAAGAUGGCUAAAUGAUCUAGUCCCACAUGAGACAGCAUAGCUAACCCAAGUGAUCAUGCAUUAGAGAGAUUUUUACAUUUACAUCAACAAUCCCUGGUGUUUAUCCCCUUUUUUGUGCUGCUGAUGUACAUCUUACACUGAAUUCUUGCCAAUGCUAAUUGUGUUAUAUUAAAAGAAAGAGAGCAGAGGUGUUGAGGGAUGCUUAACUUAAAUUUCAGUAAAAGUUCUUAUACAGUAA